AUGUCCUUCAGUCAUCCACUGUAAGUUUUCUUUUUUUUUUUUUUCAACAAAAACAUUCAAAUCCCUUUUCAAUUUUCAGUGUUUUCUACGAUGUCGAAAGUGAUUUUGCCCUCAAACUUCUCUCAACUCUUCCAACCAAUACUUCCAGUGUGAUUUCACCUCUCUCUAUUUCCCUUGCUCUUUCACUUGUUCAUCUUGGCGCCAAAGGACUCACCAAAGAACAAAUCACUCAAACUAUUUUGAAAGGACGAACGGAUGCAGAGUUUGAAGAAUAUUUUUUGACACUGGGUGGCGCUGUUAGAAAUUCGCAAAAUGGAGUGGAAACACAGAUUGCAAAUCGAAUUUUUGCAAAGUAAGAAAUUUCAAAAACCUUUUUUGAAAUGAAAAUAAAAAUACAAAUUGCAGUGAAGGAUCAAACAUCAAAUCGAAUUAUCUCAUUGAUGCUCAGAUGAAAUACAGUGCUGGAGCAGAAGUUUUGAAUUUCAAUGAUAGUGAAACAUCUGCUAAAAAGAUCAAUGAUUUUGUUGCUGCCAACACUGGAAAUAACAUCAAAGAUCUAAUCACAGCUGACACAUUGAAAGAUGCAUUUUCACUUCUAGUAAAUGCUGUGUACUUCAAAGGAGAAUGGCAAGAUAAAUUCGAAAAAAUUGGAACAUCUCCUGAUAACUUCCACUCAUCUGCCACAUCUCAAAGAAAUAUCCCAUUUUUGCAUGAAUUCGAAACACAUCGAGAUUUUGCCGAAGAUGAUAUUUUCCGAGUUUUAUCUCUUCGUUAUAUUGAUACUUCUUAUACUUUUGCAAUUUUCUUGCCAAAACAACGAUUUGGAUUGGAAGAAUCAUUGAAGAAAUUGAAUGGAACCAGAUUUCAAUCACUUAUUAAUUCACUAGGACAUCAAUAUUUGAAUGUGAGUUUUUAUUUUUAAUUUUUAUCUGAAAAUGUUAUGUAGAUUUCUAUCCCGAAAUUCAAAAUCGAAAAAUCACUCGAUUUGAAAGAUGCUCUCGAAAAAGUUGGGAUUACUGAGAUCUUCAAAGAUUCUGCUGAUAUCUCUGAUUUCGCUGACAAUGUUCAUAUUUCUUCCGGAGUUCAUAAAGCUCUCAUCGAAGUUGAUGAAGAUGGAACAACUGCAGCUGCUUCAAGCGCAUUGAAAGCACGUCUGGAAAUGAUGAUAAUGGCUGAGCCAAUUCAAUUUACAGCCGAUCAUCCAUUUGUUUUUGCCUUGCUCAAAAAUCGCAGUCCGUUGUUUUUAGGAAUUCAUGCGUAAUUGAAAAGUGAUCGAAAUGUGUUUCAUAUGUAAUGAUCAAGCGUUGUCAUAAAAGUUCUAUGUGAAAUUAGCACAGAACCAAAGGUUACUGUUUUUUCUGUGGAAGUUCAACUAAAAGAAAUCUACUUAAUUUUCAAGAAAGUUUCAGGAAAAUUUGUAGAAUAUUGUUGUCACUUUGAUUUCGUUGUUCGUAGGAAGCUAAAGUUGCAGGUGUUAUGAUGUUGAUAUACUUGGGACGUCGGUUUUCAUCUGGCUUCUUUAUUGUUUGACAACCAACUAUAAUCUUGAGAUGAUCUUAAUGAUUUAUGAGCAGCUGUAAUUUCAAUACCUAUUUACUAUUUUUUAUUCCACACACACUCGAAAAAAAGUUUGUUUGUCUAAUGUACUGUUCAAACUAUACAUCUUACUUAUAUACUCCAGAAUUUCUAGAAAUUGGACUUCAUAUAACUUCUAUUUUUUCGAUACCAUGUCAUAUCAUGGCUCUGUACUGUGUUAUUUUCAAAACUCCUGUGAAAAUGGAAUCUGUUAAAAUGACAAUGUUAUCUUUAUGCAUUUGGACAAUUAUUCUCGAUCUACAAAUUACUGUUUUGACUGCACCAUUUGUUAUGUUUCCUGUUGUUGCUGGAUUUCCUAUAGGAUAUUUGACAUUUUUAGGAAUUAGUACACCUGUUCAAACUGCAUUCACCGUUCUUGUUUUAAUAGGUAGGAAAUUGUGGAUUCGGAACACAAAAACCAAUAAUCGCUUAGGAUGUACAACAUCAGUUAGUUGUGUACUUGGAAAUCGAUAUUGUCGAAUAACUUUAAAAGAAUCGAAAUAUCAACAAGUAUAUCUAUAUUGCUUCAAUAUUUCAGCGACAGUAUUAAUAUUAGUUUAUCUUCUGUCAGAUGUACCUGAUCAAGUUUUCGCUAUUCCAAUGGUUUAUGAGGUAUAUAUUUUUGAGAAUAUUUGUUAGGUAAUUGUAGUCAAAUUUCAGAAAUUUCCGUGUAUUUCUGAGGAAGUUCGUCGUCGCAAAGUUUUUGUAAUUCAUAAUAAUCCUGCACUUGUUGGAAUGUGCAUUGGAAUUUGUGUUAUAUUCAUACUCUCUGAAUAUAUCUAUUUUCUAACUGCAACUAUUUUUCACCUAAAGUUUCAUUUUAAUCCAAGUAUGUCGAGAAAAACGAGGGAACUACAAAAAACAUUUUUCUAUUCAAUUUCAUUACAAAUCCUGAUUCCCAUCUUUAUCAUUGUUGUUCCUUGGAGUUAUGUAGUAUUUUCAUGUUUUUCCAAUGAUUAUAACCAAUCUUUCAAUAAUUUAUUCACUUUGAAUGUUGGUUUUCAUGGAACUAUCUCAUCGAUUUCUUUACUCAUCACUCAUAAACCCUACCGACAAACUAUUACUUGCCGCAAUACUCAAAGCAAAAAGGGAAUCAUGUUAAUUUCUGGAUCUAACAUGAUUUUUCGGAAAAAUCAUUUGAAACCUGUUAAUUCAUCAAGUUUGCGAAAAUAGUAAAUGACGUUUUAUUUUUGAGUUGCAAGUAGGAAAAGUUAGAGAAUUGUUGAUUUUCAACUUUCAAAUCAGAUGAAUGUAACAUUCCAUAGUAUUAGGACAAAAUUUAUAUUUAUUCAUUUCUAUCUGGCUUCAUUUUAUGUUUGAACUUUAGUUUUUUCUAUACUCAGAAUUGCCGCAAAAAUUGUACAGGUGUUUUUUUUCAGAUUUUCUAGUAAAUUGAUCAAAAUCAUCCAAGUUUUUGCAUAUACCAUUAGAUUUCCGAAUUUUCUAUUUUGUCUCCACAAACUUUUUUUGAAUUUUAUCCCGUUUAGAUUAUUCCGCAUUUCAUGAUAUUAUCCUUGGUUAAACUUUUGAGAGUUCAAAGGUCUAUGGCAUUUUCGUCUGGCUGCCAUAGCUCUAAAAAAUAACUAAUCAGAAAUUCGAAUGAUCAUUCAGUCUCAAGAACAGGUGUAAUUUCCUCACAAUAUAUUUUUUCAACCCAAUUUACAUCGAAUAACACGCGACCAAAACCUUAUUAACUUUUUUAUUAUUAUAAUGUGUUGUUCAAUGUUCUCGUCAUAUUUAUAUACUCCAGAAUUUCUAGAAAUUGGACUUCAUAUAACUUCUAUAGUUUCGAUACCAUGUCAUAUUAUGGCUUUAUAUUGUGUUAUUUUCAAAACUCCUGUCAAAAUGGAAUCUGUUAAAAUGACAAUGUUAUCUUUAUGCAUUUGGACAAUUAUUCUUGAUCUACAGAUCACUGUUUUAUCUGCACCAUUUGUAAUGUUUCCUGUUAUUGCGGGAUUUCCUAUUGGAUAUUUGACAUUUUUAGGAAUUAGUACACCUAUUCAGACGGGAAUAACUGUUUUGGCUUUAGUAGGUAUGCAUGAUCUCCAAAUAAGAAUUUUCGAAUAUAUUAUUUUUGUAACAGGUUGCACAACAUCAAUUGGAUGUUUACUUGGUAACAGAUAUUGUCGAAUAACUUUGAAAGAAUCAAAAUAUCAACAAGUAUACCUUUAUUGUUUUAAUAUUAUAACCACAACUCUAAUAUUAAUUUAUUGUCUGUCAGGUGUACCUGAUCAAGUUUUCGCUGUUCCGCUGGUUUAUGAAGUAAGCACUUUUAGGAGAUCAAAGAUCUAUCUAAUUAUGCCUAUCAUUUUUUAGCAAUUACCUUGUGUUCCGGACUAUGUUAGAAAUCGAGCGGUUUUUGUUAUUCAUUCCGACGCUGCUCUUGUUGGAAUUUGUAUUGGUACUUGUGUAUUGAUAAUGCUUAUUGAAUACUUUUAUUUUCUGACAGCUACAAUGUAUCAUUUGAAAUAUAACUUCAACCCAAAUUUAUCAAAAAGAACAAAAUCAUUACAAAAAUCGUUUUUCUAUUCGAUUUCCUUGCAAAUCCUAAUUCCAAUUUGUAUUAUUUGUGUUCCUUGGGGCUAUGCUGUUUAUUCUUGUUUAUUAAAAUAUUAUAACCAAGCGUUCAAUAAUUUAUUGACUAUGGAUAUUGGUCUGCAUGGCAUAAUUUCAUCACUUUCUUUACUUUUCAUUCACAAACCCUACCGUGAAACUAUAUUUUGUAAAAAAACUAAAAAAGUAUCUGAAUUAACUUCGUACGCUGGAUCUAAUAUGAUUUUUCGGAAAAAUAAUUUGAUUUCUAGACAUAUAUCAAUUUCACAAAAAUAG